UAAUUAUAUUGAAUAUUUACCUAUUCGUGAUUGUAAUACAAAAUAUAAUACUUAUUUACUUUAUUCGACUCGACCAAAAAAUUCCUCAAAAAAAUAUUCAGUUCAAAUUGAUGCAUUUGAUCAAUUAACAUUAACUCAUCGAACAAGUUGGAUUUAUCCAUUAGAAUUUACUUUUCUACCUGUUCAUCGUUUAUCUGUUUUACUGAAAAAUCCUAUGUUCAAGAUCGAAUCCAUAAAGAAACAAUGUUGGCCACCAUGUAUUCAUGGGCAAUGUCUCUCUUAUAUCAAUAAUCAAAAUUUAACGUAUUGUCAUUGUGAAUCUGGUUGGUCGGGUAUUCAAUGCAAUGUAAAUCAUACAUGUAAUUGUGCACCAGGUUCAUUAUGUAUUAGCAGUUCAAUUUGUUUGUGUCCAUCGGGUCGUUUUGGUCAUCGAUGUUAUUUAGUUGAAUCAUCAUGCCAAUCUCAAACAUGUCUUCAUGGUUAUACAGGAGAUCAUUGUGAAUAUCGAGAAAAUCAAACUGAAAUUGAUUUAUCAUUUGAUGAUCUUGAAACUAUUCCAUCAUCUUUAUUGAUUCAUUUGAUUUUGAUUGAAGAAACUGCUGUACCCAAACGAACGAUUAUGUUUCAUAUGGCAUUCGCACAAAUCCUAAAAGAUUAUUAUUUAAUUAUUAUUCAUGAAAAUCCAAUUAUUUUCGAACAAAUAUCAACAAAAAUAAUUUCUUCUUAUCGAUGUCGUUCAAUUGUUGAACUAUUUGAUGAACUAUUUUCGAAUCGACAUAUAUUAAAACGAGUAAAAUAUUAUCAUAUUCCAUGUCAAACAUAUGUUGAAUUAAAUUGUUUUUAUGAUGAAGUUCAUAUCUGUUUAUGCACUCGUGAUCGACAAGCAAAUUGUUUUGAAUUUGAUCACAAUAUGAAAUAUGAUUGUAAUGGUUCAAAUUUUUGUGAACAUCAAGGAAAUUGUUUUCUAGGUGAUGAUAAAUGUCCGACAUCAGCAUUUUGCGCUUGUCCUAAUUGUUAUUUUGGAUCAAAAUGUCAAUUUUCUACUAAAGGAUCAACUCUAUCAUUGGACAUCAUUUUAGGUUAUCAUAUUCGUUCGACAUUGAAAUUUUCCUUUCUACUUCUUAUACAUAUUGGUUCAAUUACGAAUCGUACAUUUUAUUAUAUUCAAUGCUUAUCAAUUGACUUUCUACUUCGAUCUCUUCUAUGUACUAAUGAUUGGCUUAGUGCUUUUGUUGCUAUCGAAAGAGCAAUGAAUGUUGUCAAAGGAGUUAAAUUCAACAAGACUAAGAGUAAACAACUGGCUAAAUGGAUGAUAUUGAUUAUUAUGGUUUUCAUUAGUAUUACUUUCAUUUAUGAUCCCCUUCAUCGUAAUUUAGUUGACGAUGAAGAAGAACAACGUGUAUGGUGUGUUACUAAAUAUUCAUCAUCUAUGCAAACAGUUGAUUGGAUUAUGAAUAUUUUUCAUUUUUCACUGCCACUCUUGAUCAAUGUUAUUUCCUCAUUAGUUAUUAUUUUUAUUCUAGCUCGUACUCGUUCAAAAUCUCAGAAAACAAAGUCAUAUGAAGAACAUUUGUUUGAACAAAUUAAAUAUCACAAACAUUUACUUAUUUCACCAUUCCUUCUUGUUACAUUAGCUGUUUCUCGCUUAAUUAUAUCAUUUCUAUCUAGUUGUAUGAAAUCAGCUCGAGAUUCUUGGUUUUAUCUUUUUGGUUAUUUCAUUUCAUUCAUUCCAUCGAUACUGACACUUGAAAUAUUUAUUUUACCAUCCAAGAUAUAUAAAGAAACAUUCAAAAAAGUGGUCAGCAAUAUGUGGCAAUAA